AUGUUCAUUGACGCCCUGGGCUUGCAGGAUAUUGUUCUCAUGGGCUCAUCAAUGGGUGGCUGGGUUUCAGCCGAGAUGGCAGCCAUGGAUGACCACAACAUUGACGCCCUGAUCCUGGUGGACGCCGCCGGCAUCAAACCGAUUCAAGGCGAGAUCGCAGAGAUAUUUAUGGUUUCCGCCGACACCAGGCUACAGCAGCGCUUCUAUGAUCCCAGCCAAGUGGAAAACUACGAAAUCAUCACCCGCGAGUUAACUCCCGAAGAACAGCUGGUAGUCCACUCCAACGCCAUCACCGCCUCUCAACUCUGCUGGCGCCCAUACCUGAACAACCCGAGCCUUCCCCAUACGCUGGCUCGCGUCGACACGCCAACACUCAUCGUCUGGGGCCGGGAAGAUGCCAUCAUUCCCGUUGAAUGUGGGCACAUGUUCCAGCAGGCGAUCAAUGGCAGUCAGCUUUGCAUCAUCGACAAUUGUGGCCAUUCGCCGGCCAUUGAAAAGCGCAGCGAAUUUGUUUCUGCAGUCAACAGCUUCCUGAACAGCCUUUAG